CACAGCCCGACUCCUCCUCAUAACUCAGCACCCAAUGGGCAGUGGCGGUAGUAGAGGCCAGCUAUUUUGGCUUUUGAUGUAGACUUCAUACCCACCUCUAUUACUCCUCCUCCUCCUCCUCUCCCCCACCCAACUCCUUAUAUGCCCCCCCCAUUAUUCUACACUUCCAUACUCCUUUAUAUAUUCGCACAUCCUUCGCUUACUUUCCAACUGUGACUCCUGCUCAUAUAAUAUGAAACCCGUCAACUACGGCAGACUCGCACCCUCCGAACCCGGCGGAUCCUCCCCGCCCGUCGACCAACCAGAACAUGCGACGCCUCACCCUUCUCGGAAAAGGGGUGUGAUCCUUCUUUCCCUUCUGUCCAUUGUCUUGAUCAUCGCCUCUGCUGUCUCUGCCACGCUACUAAUCGGGCUACGUACCCGCGCUUCCAGCAGCCAACCAAGUCCAGUUUUGGCCCGGAAGCCCACUAAGGCUAUUUCCAAAACUUGUAGCAAGACUCGGUUCCGGAGUCUCUGUGUUAACUCGUUGAUUGAUUUUCCUGGUUCUUCUGCUGCCUCUGAGGAGGAACUCGUCCACAUUUCCUUCAACGUCACUCUUCAGCAUUUUACUAAAGCUCUGUAUCUCUCGUCGGAAAUCUCUUAUCUCCAGAUGGAUACGCAUGUACGGUCUGCAUACGAGGACUGCCUCGAGCUGCUUGAUGACUCCGUUGACGCGCUUUCACGAUCGCUAUACACCGUUGCGCCGUCGUUGGAUGGGAACACCGGAGAGCAGAUACAGCCCGGCGGAUCUGCUGAGGAUGUGGUCACUUGGCUCAGCGCUGCGCUCACUAAUCAUGACACAUGUACAGAGGGAUUCGCGGACUUGAAUGGAGCUGUGAAGGAUCAUAUGUCCGAGAAGUUGAAGGACUUGUCCGAGUUAGUGAGCAACUGCUUGGCAAUAUUUUCGGCUGUUGACAGCGGCGAUUUCUCCGGCGUUCCGAUACAGAACCGGCGGAGACUGAUGGAUGCGGAGAUAUCAGAAGAAAAUGCCGAUAAUCUCCCGAACUGGUUAGGGAGGAAAGAAAGGAGACUGUUGAGCUUGCCGGUGUCGGCCAUACAGGCGGAUAUAAUCGUUUCACAAGAUGGGAACGGGACGUGCAAGACGAUCGCGGAGGCAAUUAAGAAGGCGCCGGAGUACAGCACCCGGCGAACAAUAAUUUACGUGAAGGCAGGAAGAUAUGAAGAGAAUAAUUUGAAAGUGGGAAGGAAAAAGUGGAACUUGAUGUUCAUUGGAGAUGGAAAGGGUAAAACGGUGAUUUCAGGGAGGAAAAGCAUUUUCGAUAAUAUUACUACAUUCCACACUGCAGCCUUCGCUGCCACUGGGGCUGGCUUUAUCUCUCGUGACAUCACAUUUCAGAACUGGGCUGGUCCAGCCAAGCAUCAAGCUGUGGCUCUCAGGGUUGGAGCUGACCAUGCGGUGGUCUACCGCUGCAACAUCAUCGGAUACCAAGACACUCUCUAUGUCCACUCAAAUCGCCAGUUCUUCCGUGAAUGCGAUAUUUAUGGUACAGUUGAUUUCAUAUUUGGUAACGCUGCCGUGGUGUUUCAAAAUUGCAGCAUUUACGCUCGUAAGCCAAUGCCUCUCCAGAAAAACACCAUCACUGCCCAGAAUCGUAAAGACCCAAAUCAAAAUACAGGCAUAUCUAUCCAUGCCUGCAGGCUCUACGCCAUGCCAGAUCUCCGGGCGGCCAAUGGUAGCUUCCAGACUUUUCUGGGUCGUCCAUGGAAGCUUUACUCAAGAACUGUGUAUAUGUUAACAUACAUGGGCGAUCACAUUCAUCCAAGAGGGUGGCUAGAAUGGAAUGCGACAUUUGCACUUGAUACACUCUACUAUGGUGAGUAUAUGAACUAUGGCCCGGGUGGGCCUGUGGGUCAACGGGUAAAAUGGCCCGGGUAUCGGGUCAUCAAUUCAACAAUUGAAGCAAGUAGAUUCACUGUAGGGGAGUUUAUUUAUGGAUCAUCAUGGUUGCCUUCUACUGGGGUGGCAUUUUUAGCUGGAUUAGCAGUUUGAGCAUUAAUUACCAAAUACGUUAUAUAAAGUUUCUACAGUGUACUUGGUGUAUGCAAGUAAAAUUUUUCUAUCCAUUUUUUUUUUUUGGCAUGAUUCAAUAACCAUUGAGACGUUGACUGUUCCUUUUGUUAUAUAGUUGUAACCCAUAAGAUUCUAAGGAAGUUGAAGGGAAUGUGCUCUCUUCCAUUGUUUCAAACA